AUGCUUGAUAUUUAUAUCCUGGAUUUGCACAAGAAUAUAUUUCAUGGAAACAUCCCUGAUUCAUUUGUGGUUGGAAAUGAAUUACAGACACUUAAUCUCCAGAACAAUGAUUUUGAUGGGCCAUUUCCUAAAUCUAUGGUGAACUGCCAUGAUUUGCAAGUGUUAAAUCUUGGAAACAACAAGAUAAAUGAUACCUUUCCCCACUGGUUGGGAGCUCUUCCUCAGCUACAAGUUCUUGUCUUGCGCUCUAACUAUUUCCAUGGUCAAAUAAUCCUUUCAGAAGCCGAAUCAAAUUUCUCUGCUCUACGAAUCUUAGACCUCUUGCACAAUGAGUUCUCUGGCUCUUUGCCAACAACAUAUUUUAAAAGUUUCAAGGGUAUGAUGAAUUUGUCCAAUGUUCAAAUGAAAUAUAUGGAAAAUCCUAAUGGUUAUAACCAUUUUUCUAUGUUUGUCACAAUGAAAGGUUUGGACAUUGAAGUUGAGAGAGUUCUAACUAUUUUUACAUAUGAUAAUGUAAAUAACAGAGGAUAUGAAGCAAUAAAAUAG